AUGGUGAUAAUCAUGCAUCCAUCUCUCGAAACCUAUGAAAAAUUAUAUGCUGAAUAUUCAACUAGCAUACAAUGUCCUUGUGCAAAUUUGUCCAUUCCUUAUGAAGCAUUUCUUAAUGUAACAUUUGUCUUACAUCAAGUAUGUUCAAGUGAUUUAGUUUCAUCCAAUUGGCUCAAUUAUCUGUUAUUAUUUGAUCCCAAUCAUGUACCUAUUUGGACAGAGACAGGUUUUUCACGUGAUUUUCGUUCUAUAGGACUCUGGUAUUUUCAACUUUUGGCUACUUUUUGUUCUUUGGCUCAAGCUAAUAUUGCCGAUGGUCAACGUAUCUUUAAAAAUAGCCUGUUCAUCGAGAAUAAUCUUCUUCCCAAAUCACUCUUCAUUCAAGAAACUAAAACUUUGGCCAACGCAUUUAUAAAUAAAACAAGAAAUAUUUAUGCACGCAUUUUGAAAUGGGUUGAUAUUGCUGGUAUUAUCAAUCGUUUUUUGACUGCAACAAAUGUCAAUUAUCAAAUUACAGUAACGAAUGACAAUCAAGUAAAUAUUAAUGAUGUGCAGAUUAUAGGGAAAGCGUCUAUAACUCAUACAUCUGUGGGCUCCAAUGAUCCAUGUUCGUGUGCAAGAGACAUUCAUGAAUGCGUUUUGAGACCUAUCUUAUAUACAAAUGGAUCAAGUGUAUUUGAUUUUGUACAAGUUUUUUAUGAGAUAAGGAUUGGAUGUAUGCCUUCGAUUGGAUUCUCGAUGUCUGAAAUUGUCUGGUGGUACAACAAGACCUACAUGGAAAAUAUUCGAGCAACAUACGCUAUUGUAAUCAAUAAUUCUCAACUUUCGCCACAACUUGAAUCACUAGAUAGUUCAUUACCAACUAGAUUUCAUGAUAAUUAUUUAACUGUUCUACUUGAUGCAAUGUUCAUUGAAGAAUCAUUCAUUAGCAACCAGCGUUAUGAUCUGUUUUUUGAACAAUGUGUGCCGAUUAGUUGUUCAUAUACAAUGGUACGACGUCGUAAUAUUCUAUUUGCGAUUCUAUUACUUGUUUCUGUCUGCAGUGGACUCAAUCGUGGUCUUCGAUUAUCUGUGCCGUUAAUCAGCAAGUCGGUCCUACUUUGCCGUCGAAAAUGGAAAAAUCGGAACAGUAUUCACGGUAAAUAA